AUGGCGCCUCCAAAGGGCUCGCGCACCACUGACGACCACAAGGCCGAGGGCGGCGCCGCCAAAGAAAAGUCUGCCGCGCCCUCGGCCGUCAAGAUGCGCCGCGGCGCCAGCCAGACGAGCGCCGCGUCCCACGGCCCGGCCAAGGGCGCCAACGCGCCUACAUCAGCUCCCGCCCAGCAUGCCGCUGCCGCCGAGGCUCCUUCUCCUACCCUGAACUGGACCACGUUCGACCGCACCGCGCUGCACGCGUACCGUCGCGAGUACCGCCUCUCCACGCCGACGUCCUUCUCCAGCACGUACCACCAGCUCGUUCUUACACGGCCAGGGGGCAUUGGGCUCUACUCGCCGACCAUGGCGCGCCGAAACGGGGCCUUCCGACGGCAGACCAAGGAGCAGCUCGCCAUGGCCGUGCGCAAGCAUUUCAACGGCGUGGGCGUACAAGAGAAUGACGUCAUUGUCGACUUUAUUCACAAGAUACACAGCGAGAGGGUCGCAAAGACAUCCGGACCGAGUCGCACAAGUGCGAUUGUUACAAAGUAG